AUGUCGUGGGCGGGCUUUUCCGAGGGUACUGCGCUAGCGUCCCGCCCCGCGCUCCUGCGUAAACACGCGGUUCCCUCGGCAACGGCUGGAACCCACGUAAAAGGUUCCGCCGGGUCCCGGGCGACCGCCCGCAGCGGCCGCUCCCCGCCCCCCUCCCCCUGGAAGCUCGGCCGCCGCCGCGCGCUGCAUCUGCUGGCGGGCGCCUGGCUGGCGGCCCUGGGCUUCUCCUUGCCCUGGGAGCUGCUCGGGGCGACCCGGGAGCCCCCGACGGCGCAGAGCUUCCACGGCUGCCUCUACCGGACCUCCCCGGACCCCGCGCAGCUGGGCGCGGCCUACAGCGUGGGGCUGGUGGUGGCCUGCUAUCUGCUGCCCUUCCUGCUCAUGUGCUUCUGCCACUACCACAUCUGCAAGACCGUGCGCCUGUCGGACGUGCGCGUGCGGCCUGUGACCACCUACGCGCGCGUGCUGCGCUUCUUCAGCGAGGUGCGCACGGCCACCACCGUGCUCAUCAUGAUCGUCUUCGUCAUCUGCUGCUGGGGCCCCUACUGCUUCCUGGUGCUGCUGGCCGCAGCCCGGCAAGCCCAGGCCACGCAGGCCCCCUCGCUCCUCAACGUGGUGGCUGUCUGGCUGACCUGGGCCAAUGGGGCCAUCAACCCUGUCAUCUAUGCCAUCCGCAACCCCAACAUUUCCAUGCUCAUUGGGCGCAACCGCGAAGAGGGCUACCGGACUAGGAAUGUGGACGCUUUCCUGCCCAGCCAGGGCUCGGGUCUUCAAGCCAGAAGCCGCAACCGUCUUCGAAACCGCUAUAACAACCGGCUGGGCACCUGCAGCAAGAGGUCCUCUUCCAACCCGGCCGGCGGUGCGGGGCGAGACCUUGCCAUGUGGGCCCGCAAAAACCCAGUUGUGCUUUUCUGCCGCGAGGGGCCACUGGAGCCGGUGACUGUAGCGGCCAAACAACCUAAAUCCGAAACCGGGGAUACCAGCCUCUAAGAAGGGUUGGGAUGGACACCUGGUGAAGGCAAAUUUCCACCCUCUUCAUUUAAUGAUACAGAAUUCCGGGGUAAUCGUGGGAUUUCAUAAAGCCAAACAUUUAAACUAAAGAGACAGAGGGGGAGGGUUACCAAUCCCCCCAAACAACAUAAAAGACAAUGUCCCUUUCUUCAAAAGUGCCAAAAGGAAUGUAAAAUGCAAAAAUUAAAAAACAAUCUUAAACCACACAACCAAGUGUUGUGAACUGUAAGUGCCAAAAAUGACUAAAAUAAAAUUCACAAAUACUGAAAAGCUUAUGUACAGGAUCACACUGUGAAACAAACAAAAUCUUGAAUGCAACCAGUAUUUGUUCAAAUGCAUAAUUUCAGGAAUGAAUGGAGACCCUCACAGCUGCCUGAAAGCCCCUGUAAACCACCAGCAUUCAACAAAACUUCAGAUUCUAGAACUUGCUCCUCUGACACAUGCUUUGGGUGCUUAGGCUGGGAGUGGAAAAUUCUUACGCUUACACACACUGGUGCAUUUCCACACCCCACACCCUUAUAACCUUUAUGGGAGAUUUUAAAUUAAUACCGCAAUUAAACCAUUUUAGGAUUUUAAGAAGGUGGUUUAUUACUAGAUACAAUUCAACCACUUGAAGGGUGAAUAGGAGUAUGAGCAUAAAUGUGUGUGUUUUUAAAAGUAUUUCAGGAUGAUACAUAAAAAUUCAUGUCCCUUUCACUCCUAUCCUACCCCCAAAUCUAUCUACCUUGGGAAAUUUUGCAGCUGUAUACUAAUUCUAACCUGCUACUUUUAUUUCUGACAAUUUGGGGGAUACUGCUCUUAGAAUGGCUUCACAUUUAAAGAAAAAAAACUUACAUAGCAGAAAAUCUUUGUCUUUUGAGGUAAAUUUGAUUUUUGGAUACAACAAAAAAGGUAAUUAGAAGUCAAGGUGAUUGAAUAAGGUGAGUGAUGCCACUUUAUUUUUAUUUUUUAUAAAGUAACAACAUUGGCUCUCCUAUGUGGCUUUUAACUAAUUGAGAAUGAUUUUAAAGAGAAUUUCUAAAAAUAUUUGAGAAGUGGCCACAUUCUUGGAAUAACCAUAGAGCUUUCCAAGAUAAUCAUACUCUCCCACAUUUGGAACUUGAGUAUCUUUUAAAAAUACCUGAUUGUUGCUUUACAUACGUGACUUGUCUAAAAUAAUGUAGUCUUUAUUAGAAAGGGAGAACAGGUGUGGGAUUAUUAUAUAUUUAUAACAUGGUAUUAAAAACUAGCAAAAAAUCAGGUACUUCAGACAAACUGAAAAUACUUCAGAAAUGAGCAAAACAAAGAUGAUUUUCACAAAAAUUCAAAAGCACAAUUUGGGAUUUGUGUAUGUGAAAUUUCUCACAUUAAAUGCCACUGUACACAGAAUCAUUUACUCAGAAUUUUCAAAGAUGUUUUUGUGUUUUUUCCCUCUUUCUUUCCCCUCCAUCUUGCCCCUCUUUUGUUGAAUUCUUCACAGCCUUAACUAAAGUAUUUUAAACUAGGUAUGAAAAGACAUCAAAUAUGAUAUGAAAUAACCAACAUCUGUUCUUGUAAAGCAUUUAAAGAUGUUUAUUAGUAUUUAAGCCUGCGUGACAGCUGGGUGUAUGUCAUUAUUUUGUGAUCAAAGAUGGAAAUACAUUAUCCGUGUCAGAGCAAAA